GGCAUCUGAACUCUUGCAAUAUGUUCCAUCCGAACUGAAGGCGGCAUCUCUUCAGGUCCAACCUCCCCAUUCCCCAGCUGUGGCGCCAGCAGAAAGACUAGAAAGCGAUUUGCUACGGACGGCCAGAGGUUUCUUCGCGUCUAAAGAAUUUGCUAGGGCUGCAUAUACUCUAAGAAGCUGCAAAUCCCCAAAGGCGCGCUUCCUCGCACUCUACACCCAAUUCCUUCCGAAAAGAAAUCUCAAGAAGAUUUUGAAAGAGUUAUCAGUUAGUCAUUGGCCUUUGGUCGAGCCAUUCUCAUAG